AUGACAUAGAAUGCGGAAGUAAACAUAAAAGAGGCUGAAAUUUACCGCUGCGUCACAAAGUUCUAGAGUUUGGUUCUCCGUUUGGUUGUUUUUCUGUCUCUGUUCGGAGUUUGGUUCGAUUGAGUUCGUAAUGUCGGUGACGGUGAAAGCCUACUUGCUGGGAAAGGACGAGCAGGUGAAGGAGAUCCGCAGGUUUGCGGUGGACCAGGACGUCUCUUGCAGCUUCGAGUACCUGAGCAGGAAGGUGGCGGCAGCUUUCUCCAACCUGAGCAACUUCAACCUAUUCUACAAGGAUGAAGAUGGAGACCUGGUGGCCUUCUCCUCUGAUGAUGAGCUGAUGAUGGGACUGGGUUUUGUCAAGGACGCCACCUUUCGCCUCUUCAUUAAAGAAAAGAAGGAGCACCGCCGGGACUUCCCUCUUCAUGCAUUCCCCCCUUUCGCUUUCGGGCUCCCUCAUCAACAUGGACCUCCUCAUGCCCCACCUCCUCACCCGGGCCCGCCCCCUGCCGUCCAUCCCAACGUCACCUGUGACGGCUGUGAGGGCCCUGUGGUCGGAACGCGCUUCAAGUGUUCAGUGUGUCCAGACUACGACCUUUGCUCCACCUGCCAGGCUCGAGGGACCCACACUGAGCACCCUCUGCUGCCCGUGUGGCACCCUCUACAGCAGUGGUUUCCUCGAGGAAAAUGGAUGAAAAAGAUGAAACACUGCACGUGGAACCAGCACAUGGCCCAGGCACAGACCCAAAACCAGGACCAGGACCAGAACCAGAAGCAGGAGCAAACCAUUCCCUCCAGCUCAGCAUCUGACUGCAGCACCUCCUCUGCUUCUCAGGUCAGCGUGAACUAUUUGAAGAACAUUGGCGAGGGCGUGGCUGCCAUGCUGAGCCCACUAGGUAUUGAUGUGGACAUCGACGUGGAGCAUGAGGGGCAAAGGAUGAAGGUGACUUCACCUACUCAAGGUGAGGAAGAGCAGGGUGAAGUGCAGAUGGAUGUGGGAGCUGGCGAAAGUGGAGCCAGCAAUGAAGGUGGAGCAAAGCAGGGGCCAAAGGUGGGCCGAGAUGAAGAUGAUGAGUGGACUCAUCUCAGCUCUAAAGAGGUUGAUCCAUCUACAGGUGAGCUUCAGUCGCUGGAGGGCCAGGGCUCAGGCCCAAGUCCAAGUCCAGGUCCAGGUCCAGCUCCUCUGUCAGGGACCGAGGAGGGACCCACAGGUCUGCGGGAGGCAGCUCUUUAUCCACACCUGCCUCAAGAGGCUGACCCCCGCCUGGUGGAGUCGCUGGCGUCAAUGCUCUCGAUGGGUUUUACAGAUGAAGGCGGCUGGUUGACUCGGCUCCUUCAGGCUAAAAACUUCGAGAUUGGAGCUGCACUCGAUGCCAUCCAGUACGCCAAGCAGUCCCACCCACGCCAGUGACAUCAUUUGACUACUUUCUGUUUUUAGUCUGACAAUUACCUGUCCACACCUAAUAACUAAUCACUUUUCUGUGUUUACCUUUUAUUAAACUUUUGAUUUGUUUCUAAUCAAUAAACGCAUUUUAAAAACAUGA